UCUCUGUAGCUCCCGAAACAACGGCAACAGACAUAAUUUAAUUGUAUUCACAACUUGUCUUAUGGCUAUAUUUCUUGCUUUGAUGAUGAAAUCGGGGAUACAGUGAUAGCAUUUUUCUAAUCGCGCAGUCAUGGCAUUCUGAGAGACUGUCUUGUUUUCGGUAGAUUCUGCGGACGAUUGCGCAUCUGGAAUCGACUGAGCGGCGACCGCUAGCAUUCGCAGCACCAAGGCUCGACUGCAGCCUCCUCGGCUUCCGCUGCGCUGCGUCUUCAUCUCAUUCGUGCUAACAGCUAAGUUAGCUGUAGGGCUUCAGGCUGGUAUUCCACAAAGUCCUCUCGGGUAGUGUUACAUGGAAAGGACACGCCGAAAAUGUAAAUCAUCAUGAAGCCAAAGAGACGGGAACUGGCUGUGCCAACGAUGGGCCCUCCCCUCCCUGUCUCCAUCAUCCUGGCUGUUCUGCUACUUGCUAAGUCAGCUGUCUGCCAGGCAGGGGACUGCAAGGGCCACAGGCAGGUGUUGAGGGGUCCCCCUGGCUAUGUUACUGACGGCCCAGGAAACUACUCAGUCAAUGGGAACUGCGAGUGGCUCAUUAAAGCCCCCACCAGCAGUCAUCGCAUCGUGUUGAACUUCACCUUCAUGGAAACAGAGUGCACGUACGAUUACCUUUUCGUUUAUGACGGUGAUUCUUACCAGAGCCCCCUCCUUGCCAGUCUGAGUGGCAGGAUUCUGCCUCAGCCGAUUGAAGCCAAGUCUGGCAAGAUGCUGCUUCAUCUUUUCAGUGACGCUAACUACAACCUCCUAGGCUUUAAUGCAACCUACACCUUUUCUUUGUGCCCCGGAGCCUGUGGUGGGCACGGGCGCUGUGAUCCGUCCACAUCCAAGUGCCAGUGCCAUCAGGAGUGGGGAGGAGCUGCUUGUACAACCCCUCUGUGUACCAAGGACUGUUUUGUGAAUGGGCAAUGUGACAAGAAAGGAGAGCGCUGCCUGUGUAACCCAGGCUUCUUGGGUCACAGCUGUCAACUAGGGCUCAAUGAUGACAACAGUGUGGGCCAAUGGUGGCGUGUAAGUGACGGUAACCAAUACACGCCUCCCAGAACAGGUUCUGCUGGGGUGUAUCUGUCCUCCACAGGAGCCCUGUACUUGUUUGGAGGCUUUGAUCUGAACAGAGCUCUCGCUGACUUGAUUAAAUACAAUUUUACAUCCAACCUAUGGGAAAGCAGGUCUUACGGCCACUCUCCCGUGGCUCGUCAUUCCCACACAGCUGUAGAAUGGAAUGGUAACAUGGUGAUAUUUGGAGGAGAGCUAUCCAGUGGGUCUUUGGCCAGUGAUGUGUGGAUGUACAGGCCACUUCACGAUGACUGGCAUCAGCUCGGUUCUUCCAGUAGUCACGGAGCCCCUAAGUUAGCCAACCAUGCUGCAGCUGUGGUAGAUGAUUAUCUUUAUGUGUUUGGAGGUCGCACCGAGGAGGAUAAGUUUUCUUCUACUCUGUAUCAGUUUGGCCUGCGUGGGUCUGGGCGGUGGGAGACCAUUAAGCCCACUGGGGGGAAACCCCCUGCCACUGCUGGACAUUCUAUGGUUUUCCAUAGUCCGUCUAGGACACUUCUGGUCUACGGAGGUCAUCGACCCACCACUGCCAGGUUUAGCCAGAGGGUGAACAACACCGACAUGUUCCACGUAGAUAAGCGGUUUUGGACGUCCCUCCGAUCGCGGUUCCCCGGCCCGAGGGAGAGAGCCUUUCAUACAGCCACUGUCAUUGGAAACUACAUGGUAGUUUUUGGUGGAAACAUACAUAUUCACCACAAAGAGGAGAAGUGCUACGAUGAAGAGAUUUUCUUUUACCACUUAGGCUGUCAUCAGUGGGUGUCUAUCGGGGAGAGAUGGUCACUUCGUGGUGAUGCAGUCCAGGGACGAUACUCUCAUGUCGCUGCUGUUAUACAGGGACGAGUGCUCCUUAUUAGCGGAGGCUACAGCGGUGUUGCGCGCAGAGAUCUAGUGGCGUACAAAGUUCCGCUGUUUGUCAGUAGUGAUGGUGGCAACAGGGAUGCUCUUUGUGCAGAGGCUUUAGAUGAAAGUAUGUGCCUCAAGAACCCAGAGUGCAGCUGGUGUGAAGGGCGCUGUCGUGAAUACCAUCCCACUGACCUGUGUGGCAGUACUGGAUGCUUAGGUCUGACACGAUUGUUGUCGGACUGCCAGUCGUGCCUUGUGUUCAGUGGCACUCCCGCUUCUCUAGCCCGUGCCCCCGGUGAAUUUGGUUGGUGUGUUCAGAAUGAGUCCUGCCUGCCUGUGUCAGAGCAAAGUGUGUGCCAUGUGGACCAGAUCUCAGGGGCGUAUGGCUGGUGGGGGAAGCGUACUCUUUUCCUUACCUCCCUCCACUCCUGUCGCACCGAGAACUAUGUCCCAGGACUGCACCUGCUCACCUUCCAGCAACCCCGCAACGACUCCCAGCCCGACAAGGUCUCCAUACUGCGCAACACCAAUAUCAUCCUGAGCCCUGCCACAGAAAUGGACGUGGCCCUACAGUUCAGGGGCUUUAUACACCCGCUUUGGGGCGGAGGCUCCCCGCCCUCGGAGACUGUGUCUAUGUGGGCUCGCAUCCAGAGGCUCCAUUUUGAGGCUCGAAUGGCAACAGGUCCCAACUCCAGCCAACUGGAAGUCGUAGGUCGUUGGGCAGCUCAACAGGAGAAGGAGGUGAAGCUUUUGGCGCGCCCUGAUGGAAGCAGACUCUUUUCCAACCUGACCAGGGGGAACCAUUAUCUCGUGCAGGCGGAGGCUUACCUCAACAACUCCGGAUCAGGCCAAACCAGCGAAAUGGCUCUGAUUUGGAACAGGACUUUGCCCGGAGGAAGUGAAAUCUCUUUCCUGUUUUUGGAGCCGUACCGCUCAGGUUCCUGCGCGGGCUAUAUUUCCUGUCUGGCCUGUCUGUCUGACCAGUCGUGUGGCUGGUGCCCCUCAAUGUCCCGUUGUUUUCUUCGAGACAGUCCUGAGCAGGAACCCUGCCUGCAAGGAGAGACUAGUGAACGAACGAGAGAAGGACAUGAGCACCAUCUGCUGUUAGCUCCUGAGCAGUGCACUUUGUGUGAAGAGUACAGAGACUGCUCUUCUUGCACCCAGGACCCUUACUGCGAGUGGCACAUAAAUUCCAGUAAGAAGGGUGACUACCAGUGCAGUAGGCGGGGGAGACAGGAUGGAUCGAUACGCGACCCAAAAGGAUGUCCCAGAGUCUGCAAUCAGAGAAAGACGUGUGACGAGUGCCUCUCGAACUCCAGCCAGUGUGCGUGGUGUGAGUCAGCCCAGGCCUGCUUUUAUUUUGCUGCCUACCUCACAAAAUACCCCUACGGACAGUGCCGAGACUGGUAUGACAGUGUCCAUUCAGUUCCCCAGUGUAAGCAGUGCUCCUCAUUAAACACAUGUACGACCUGUCUGCAAGUAUUCCAGUGUGGCUGGUGUGGUGACUACAACAAUCCUACCAUAGGAAAAUGUUUACGAGGAGACUGGUCAGGAAUGGACGAUCCCUCCGUGUUCAACUGCAGCGUGGCUGUGGCUGAAGCAAGGGCUGCUAAUCCUGCGCCCCAGACCUCGGCACCGCCUCGCCCCCUGGAGAUGGAGCUGGAGUUGGAACACUUUGAUGACGAAGAGCAAGACGCCGUUUGGUCCUAUCCCACCUGCCCGGAUGUUGAGGAAUGCAGACUGGGUCUUCAUAACUGUCAUCCCUUUGCCACGUGCAUUAAUACGCCCACCUCCUACGAGUGCCAUUGUGAGAGAGGAUACACGGGGGACGGGACGUUGUACUGCAACCAGACGUGCUACAACGAAUGUCGUGAAGGUCAGUGUACCGGGAGUCCAAGAUUUGAGUGCGAGUGUUCCCUGGGUUGGACAUCUGACCCUGCCACUCUUGUUCUGAGUGGUGUGGAAUGUGACGUGGACUGUGGCUGCAACUUCCACUCCACCUGUAUCACUGCUCCAGGGAUCUGUGACGAAUGCCUAGAUUGGACAACGGGUCCCCACUGUGAGCACUGCCGCCCUGGUAGCUUCGGUUCCGCCCUAGCAGGUGGCAGAGGCUGUGUUCCGUGCGAGUGUAAUGGCCACGGUGACCCACUCCAAGGAUACUGUCACAACCAGACAGGCCAGUGCUACUGCACCCACAACACUCAGGGGCCGCACUGUGAUUCCUGUCUUCCUGGCUACUACGGUGACCCUAGGAACAACGGAACAUGCUACCGCCAGUGCCAGGGUCGCUCGGUGUUGCUGUCCCCGACUUCGUCCUCCACUGUACCUCUGUCCUCUUCCCUCGGCUGGCAAAGCGGUGCUGAAGGGAAAGGCGGGCUUUCUCAUUGCCUGUGGGUCUUAUCUGUGAAUGAAAACCUCAGACCGUGUACAUCUCGACAGCUGUGUCCUCCUAUAGCCCUCACUCUUCUCCCGGACUCCCAUACACAUUGCAAAAACUCGUAUGUUUAUGUUUUUGAUGGUCUUCCCCGUUUUCUGGGUAAUGGAGUCGUGCACUCGGAUUACAACCUUAUCGGAGCGUUUUGUGGAACGACAAGGAAUCAUCCCAUCACAGUGGAAGCUACAUCAGGCAUUAUCUCAGUCUACUUCGAAGCCAACGUGUCUGCCAACAAACCACAAGGGUUCAAUGCAUCUUUCUGGGUGCGCCGAUGUCAGCAGAGGACCGACAAGGGAGACGACGGCUCACCGAUAUGUCCAGGUGGAGGCCAAUGCCAAAGCGGGGUCUGCCAGUGUCCUCAAAGACUCGUUGGACCGCGCUGUGACCGGCCGGUUUGCCCUCAGGACUGUGGCGUGGCGGAAGGACGCGGAGUUUGCAAUGUGUCUCUGGGCAUGUGCGUGUGUUCGGACAAUUGGGUUGGCUCUGACUGCUCCGUUCCUCGGGACGCCAAUGCCCUGAUCUGGGAAACACUGCUGGACACACAUUUCACAGUGAACCAAGCCCACAGGUUCCUUCAUAGAAUGGGCCACACUCUAGUAUCUGGACCACAGGGAAAUCUCUGGAUGUAUGGAGGACUUUCUCUGUCAGAGGGCAUUUUAGGAAAUGUCUAUAGAUAUUCCGUGUUGGAGAAUCGAUGGACCCAAAUGUUGACCAGCUCGGUAGAUGACGGCUCAACCCCUAGCUCUCGCUAUCAGCAUGCUUCUGCACUGCUCACUCUCCAUGACUCUGUCUCGGGAACCCCCCGAGACACCCAUAGCCUGAUGUUUGUGGUGGGAGGUGUGACCCAAAACGGCGUUGCCUCAGAUACUUGGAGUCUCAAUCUCAGCAGCUUAGUCUGGAGGGAACACAAGAGCUCAGUGCUGCCCCCGGUGGCAGGCCACACCCUGACUGUGCGCAGAGACUCGUCUUUGCUCCUGAUUGGAGGCUAUUCUCCAGAGAAUGGUUUCAACCACCAUCUGUUAGAGUUCAGCCCACAUACAGGGAAUUGGACCAUAGUGCCGCACCUUGGAACGCCCCCUACAGGGUUGUAUGGUCACUCAGCGGUCUACCACGACCAGACUGAUGCCAUCUACGUUUUUGGAGGUUAUCGCUUUCAUGUAGAGACAGUGGAGCCUUCGGGCGAGCUUUACAGUCUUUACUAUCCCAACCUCACGUGGUCUCUGCUGGUACCCUCGCAGGGUAAUAAGCCACUGUCCCGUUUCUUCCAUGCCGCCUCCCUAAUCAAAGACACCAUGGUCGUCGUCGGAGGGAGGACUGAAACAGAAGACUACAGUAAUUCAGUGUACCUCUAUCAGAUCAACUGUAACACUUGGAUAAAACCAGUCUCGGCUGUCGGAGAUCCCGUGAAUCAUUCGUUGUCCCUCGCUAUGACAAGCUGGGGUGGUCGCCUCUUCUUGGCCGGAGGCUUUAACGGUGUCACACUGGGCAGACUCUUAACCCUGACUGUGCCCUCGGACCCCUGUGGCCUGCUCACAACACCAGAGGCCUGCAACACCACUACAGGCAGCUGUGUGUGGUGCAGGGGAGGCUGUGCGUCUUCUGAUAGUGCCGAGAGAAUGGGAUGUUUGGCAGGCCACUCGCCCUGUUCACCAACUCCUCGUCUACCAGACCAGUGUCGAAGAUUGAGGACCUGCAGCGAAUGCUUGGCGCGACACCCCAAAACGUUUUCAGGUCCAUCGCAGCACGCUCUUCAGUGCAAGUGGUGCACAAACUGCCCGGAGGGGGCUUGUAUCGGCACCGCCGUUAGCUGCACGUCGGAGCAUGACUGUCGAAUCAACCAGCGAGAGAUUUUUCUGUCCAGCAACUGCACUGAAACCAGCUGCGAGGCGUCCGACUGCUCCAAGUGCACUGCUUCUGGAAAAUGCAUGUGGACUCGCCAGUUCAAACGCACAGGUGAAACGCGGCGCAUCCUGAGCGUGAACCCGACCUACGACUGGACGUGCUUCAGCUACGCCCUGCUCAACGUGUCACCCAUGCAGGUGGAGUCCUCUCCUCCUCUGCCGUGCCCCCCACCUUGUCACACUCUUCACAACUGCAGCCUGUGCCUUGGCUCGAGAGGCUCGGAUGGGGGAUGGCAGCAUUGCGUUUGGAGCAUGGCACUGCAGCAGUGCAUGAGCCCAUCCUUUGUGCCCUUGCGAUGUGAGGCAGGUCAGUGUGGUCGUUUGCUCUCUGGCGGGGACUCUUGCUCACCCCAGUGCCAUCAACUCACCCAGUGCUCCCAGUGCAUUGCUCGGCCCCAGUGUGGCUGGUGCGGAAUCCGUGAGGGCAACGGCGCCGGACACUGCCUGCAGGGUGGACUUGAUGGGGCAAGUGAGGGUAUUUGUCCUCCGAGGAACAGCAGCUGGUCUUUCCUUCACUGUCCAGAGGAGGAUGAAUGCGCCAAUGGCCAUCACAACUGCAACAGCACUCAGAAUUGCCACGAUCUAUCUGAGGGAUACCACUGCACUUGUAAGCAGGGCUACUUGCUCAGCAGUCUUUCCGGUCAGUGCGGGCCAGUGUGCGCACAAGGCUGUUUGAACGGAACAUGUGUCUCUCCAGGCGUCUGCCUGUGUCACUUUGGGUUUGUGGGGGACAACUGUUCCUUGCAGUGCAGCUGCAACAAACACAGCAACUGCGCUGGUGUCACCAAACCAGAUGUUUGUCUGCAGUGUCACAAUAACACCAUAGGGAAGCAGUGUGAGAAGUGUAAGCCACUGUUCGUGGGCUCGGCCAAGGGGGGUGGGACUUGUCAUCUGUGUCGGGAGUUUUGCAACGGGAACAGUGAUAUUUGUUUGUCUCGAGACGAACAUAAGAAAGCCCUGGAAAACCCCCAGCUCUUUCCUCUCGACCUCAGCACGAUACAGAACUUUGUGUCAGAGGGUCCCACAGAAGACAACGCUGUGUGUGUAAACUGCCAGAAUAACAGCGUGGGGGACAGAUGUGAGAGCUGCCUCAGUGGCUACUUCCUGUUGGAUUCCAAGUGUGAGAAAUGUCAAUGUAAUGGUCAUGCAGAUACAUGCAAUGAACAAGAUGGCACUGGGUGUCCCUGCCAAAACAACACGGAAACAUCUUCGUGUCCAGGGAGUCCUCAAAGUGACCGCAAAGAUUGCUACAGGCAGCAGUGUGCCAAGUGCAAAGACUCCUUCAAUGGCACACCAGUUAAUGGGCGUCAGUGUUACCGUCAGUUCAACGUGGACACGGAGUGCUGCUUUGACCCCACGUCCCAGACCAACUGUUUCCACGAUCCCGCCAUCCGUAACCUCCCCAAGGGACGCACCGUGUUCUUCGCUGCCCAGCCGAAGUUCACCAACGUCGACAUCCGCGUCACCAUUGACGUCACCUUCGGUGAAGUGGAGAUGUACGUGUCCAACUCCCAUGACACGUUCAUUGUGGACGUGGACCGCUACACGGGGAUUCACACCAUCAAGAUAGAAGAAGAAUCGGGAACUCGGGGAACAACGGCUGGCGUGGACAAGGAUUUACCGCUCUCUCCUAUUAAAGUGUUUGCCAACACUUCCACGUCCAGCUUUGGAGGUCCAGUGCUUUCCCACAACCCAUUGCUGCUUCAAGCGAAACCCACAGGCAGCGAAAGGGAAAUCAGGGAGGAAUGGGCUGAAGGACUGAUUUCUUACAUCACCGUCUGGAAGCCGCAGACGGUACUGAUUGUGCGCAGUGUCAGAGACAGGGUGGUCAUCACUUUUCCCCACGAGGUGCACUCCCUGAAAUCCAGCCGUUUCUACAUCGCUCUGAAGGGCGUGGGAACGGACGAGAGGCACGGCGAGUCCCAGGGCCUGCUCUUUCUGCGACAGGACCAGGCCCAUAUUGAUCUCUUUGUGUUCUUUUCCGUCUUCUUCUCCUGCUUUUUCCUCUUCCUGUCCGUCUGCGUCCUCCUCUGGAAGGUGAAGCAAUUCCUGGACUUCCGAAGGGAGCAGCGUCGCCACAUCCAAGAGAUGACCAAGAUGGCGUCGAGACCCUUCGCUAAACUCACCAUAUAUCUUGAACCUGACGAACCCCAGCUCAUUUACCUCCCCUCGACUGGCGGAGGGGUUGGAGGCAACACGGCAGCGCUCGCUCACGCCCGCGCCAACAAGCUGGGGGGAAUGGUAGUGGGCCAGAGGGGGCGAGCUGGAGCUAUCGCCUACAAACAUGACUCCGGCCUGGGGCCCACGGCUCACCAUCACCUCACCCUGGGCGUAGGGGGCAACAGCGGGCAGCACCUCCCGCUGCACUACCUGAACACCCACCACUACGCCAACAACACUGCCGGUACCCCAGCCUCACAUCACCACCAUCCAUCCACGUACACUGGCUACCAGCAUUUCUGUCGCUCCGACCCUUUCCUCUCGCAGCUAAUGGGAUUCUCCUAUUCUACGUUUAAAGUGGGGCCGAUCACCCUGGAGCCCACUGACGAUGGCAUGGCCGGUGUGGCCACCGUUCUCUUCCAGCUGCCCGGUGGUGUUCUGGCUCCGAACCGCGCUUGUCUUGGCUCCGCGCUGGUGACUUUGCGACAGAACUUACAGGAGUACUACGGCCACAGCAACGGAGGGGGCCAUCCAGGGACAGGGAUAGGGCGCAAGGGGCUUCUGGGCCAUCAGCCCCUGACUACUAUGUAGAUAAUGAAAUAUAUAUAUGUAAAUAAAAUGUCAGGAGACUUAUGGAGAUUGGUCCUAAAUGUUUCUCCGUGCGUAAAUUAAUUUCAUUAAAAGAGGGCAAUAGGUAAGAUGACGAAGUUAAAGGGUUAGUUCUGUUUUUUUUUGUUUUUUUUUAAUUAUUAGUAUGCUACUGACGGAUAGUGCUGAUCGCACUGACGCCCUUACAGAGCGACGUAAGCUUUAACUAAAAUGUGUCUGCCAGCAGUGGCGUAAGGAGAACAAACUGCAAACGGGCCGCGAUUUCAGGAAAUAGGCGGCUUGAGUUUGUUUUUGUUUUUCAUGUCCCUGCAUUGAUGGCGACACUGUCGGAGAGAGGUUCUUAUCACAGAAGGCAGCUUAAUGUUUCAUGUGACCACAUAUCUGAAAACCUGGACUAUCCCUUUUUGGUUACCACGAGUCUCUUGAACGGAGUUGUACAUACACUGUAUUAUGAGUUGUUAAGUGUCUUGGGUUGUGUUAUAAAUGACUACACUCAUGUCGGUGUCUGUCGUGACCAAGUUUGGCGCUAGCUAAAAGUGCAAUACAGCUGCUACGCUUCGCGUCAACGAAACGGCGACUGCGGUAACCGAGGAAGUACGAGUGCAUGGCAGUCAGUCUCACCAAAGGCUGAAGUUGUUUUGGAAAGAUAUGGUCUGCUCAUUUUAUCAUGACCGACAUGUGCUUUAUAUUCUGAAUGGUGACAAUCAAAAAUUUGAAAGGACAACAAAGAACUCUUUAAAAAGGUUUUCAAAAUGCGAACGCCUUUGAUUGUCGGCUCUGUGCAGGAAAAAAAAAAAAAAAGGUUCAAAGGAAUUUGGAGAUGGUUUUCAUAUCAAACUUGAUGUACAUUACUUAUGAGUGUACAGCGGUCCCUCGUUUGUCGCGGUCGAUUUCUGCGAAGUGGUGACACCAUAUUUACGCGCAGUAAAAUGAUGAUGACUUUUACCGCGCAGCCGUUGAUUGAUUAUACGUCUCUCCACAGGGUGGUGCCAUUUCUUCUUUCCGAAGGUGUAUCCGUAGUAGUAGCAGGAACUGGCUCUUUUUUGCGAGGCUGCCGAACAUCGUGAUCGGCAGUUGCUUCCGCCGCUCCUUUUUCCAGUCAAAGAGUAGCUUGUAGGCAGUCACGACAUCGUCGAUUUUAUUGCAAAGUUGGACCGAUCGAACCAUAUCGUCGUCCCAUUCCUGUGACAUCUCUUGCAGAUCCAAAUCCGGGAUACGGUAUAUUUUAUAUAUACAGUUUUCAAAAACCCGCGAAGUCGUGAAACCGCGAAAUAUCGAGGGACUACUGUAACACUAAAUAUGGCGGACAGCGUGAUUAUGUUUAUGGUGAUCAAGCCUCUUGAGUUUGUUCCAUAUAUUUAUUGACCUGUCGUGUUUUAUUGUUAUUAAUGUUGUCUGAACUGUGCGAUGCACCGUUCACAGGACCUUAUGACAUGGUAACAUUUUCUGAAUCUUCUGUGAGAGGUGGUAUGUGAAGGAUUACUUCAAAUAUUAUUUGAAUAUUUUGAUUAUGUAUCGAUCUAAUGGCGCAACCAAACUCUGUACAGACACGGAGAGGCUACGAGCAUGGUGAUAAAAUUCUGAAGAAAAAAAAACAACAACUACGCUAUUUAGCUCCUUUCAGGCAAAGACUGCAUCGGUGUUAAUAUAGCCUAGCUUAGCUACAGUACGUGUUGCUCAUCAUAUCCAAUUUGGAUCUACUCAAUCUAAAAUACUUCACGAUUUCUUCAAUUGUAUAUCAAGAGCUGUGUUCACGAAUUCUCCCGGUGAGAGGCUUUUGUUUUUUUUUUAAAUGACUGAUGUACCCAUUAUUUGGGUUUUGUUGACGUUAAAAAGUAUUUGUUUCUUUUGCACUGUGCGGAGGCGAUAGGCCCCGAUAUUCAUGUGAAAUUGGAUGAAUUGUUGCUGGGCACUCAUCGUCAUGGAUGGUGAACGUUCACAGCAUCGUUAAGCAGAUCGAGCUUAAAUAUAAAUAUUGUCCAUAUUCAGAACUCAGCAUUUUAAUGCAUCAUUGUUUAUUGUACUUUAAUUUACAUUACGUCUGUACUUACCUGCUCCUGGAUUGUUUGUUUAUUUUGUAAAAAAAAAAAAAAAAAAAA